UUCGAACUCACUCGUUCACUACGUAAUUUCUCGCUUUUCUUCAAAUUCGAGCGAUAAAUUCCGACGUAAUUUGGCUUUGCCGUAAAAAGCGACUCCGAUUCCUAUUGAAAAUGACCUAAUUGUCGGUUUUUGUCAGUGGUUAAUCAGGAGAUCUCGUGGCCGCUUCUGUAUUCGAGCGUGUUCAAUCAUUUUAUCUGGAAUUGGGAAUUCACACUCUGUUGCAAUCGAUAUCCUAUCUUUUUGGUUCCUCGGAAUGGAGAAUUCGAACCUUGGUUGGAAAAACUAGCUGCAGUUUUGGGGAUUUUUGCGAAUUCUCGAUGAUAUCACCUUAAAUCUUCCUGGCUUGGAUCUACAGCUCCUGAAAUUAGCUUUUGAUUCCCCGAGGUUGAAUUUUAGGUAUUGAGCUGCCCUACGGUGCCAAAUAGAGCUAGAUUUGGGUUUCAUAUCGAGAAGAUCGGUACAGAGGAUAGCAGGGAGGAUUAAAAUGGAGAAGUACGAGCUUGUGAAGGAUAUAGGUUCUGGAAAUUUUGGUGUGGCGAGGCUUAUGAGAAACAAGGAGACUAAAGAGCUCGUGGCGAUGAAAUACAUUGAAAGAGGGCAUAAGAUUGAUGAGAACGUGGCUCGAGAGAUCAUAAAUCAUAGAUCGCUUCGGCAUCCUAACAUAAUUAGGUUCAAGGAGGUGGUUCUGACGCCUACGCAUCUAGCCAUUGUCAUGGAGUAUGCUGCCGGAGGAGAGCUCUUUGAGAGAAUCUGCAAUGCCGGGCGAUUCAGUGAAGAUGAGGCCAGGUACUUUUUUCAGCAGCUUAUUUCUGGUGUCAACUACUGCCACUUCAUGCAAAUAUGUCAUCGUGACUUGAAGCUGGAGAACACCCUACUUGAUGGGAGCCCUGCUCCGCGCCUGAAAAUAUGUGAUUUUGGUUACUCGAAGUCAUCUCUUCUCCAUUCAAGGCCAAAAUCAACUGUGGGGACUCCUGCUUAUAUAGCUCCUGAGGUUCUAUCUAGAAGAGAAUAUGACGGGAAGUUGGCUGAUGUGUGGUCCUGUGGUGUAACACUUUACGUCAUGCUUGUCGGCGCAUAUCCUUUUGAAGAUCAAGAAGAUCCAAAGAACUUCAGGAAAACGAUCCAAAGGAUAAUGGCUGUUCAGUACAAGAUCCCAGACUACGUCCAUAUAUCUCAAGAUUGUAGGCACCUCCUUUCUCGCAUAUUUGUUGCCAAUUCUUCUAGGAGAAUUAGCAUCAAAGAUAUCAAGUCUCAUCCAUGGUUCUUGAAGAACUUACCAAGGGAGUUGACAGAUGCUGCUCAGGCUGCAUAUUACCGUAAAGAAAACCCAACCUACUCCCUCCAGACUGUUGAGGAGAUUAUGAAAAUCGUGGAAGAGGCUAAAGCCCCUCCACCAGUGUCUCGUUCAAUUGGGGCCUUUGGCUGGGGUGGCGAGGAGGAUGGGGAUCGAGAGGAGGAUGUGGAGGAGGAGGAGGAGGUGGAAGAAGAGGAGGAAGAUGAAUACGAAAAACAAGUAAAGGCAGCUCAUGCUAGUGGAGAGGUACGCCUCACCUGAGCCCUCCUGUAAUUAUGUGAAGAAAAAAAAAAAAAGUAGAUUUGGUUUGAAAACUUGUUGCUUUCAUGGUUGUUGUUGUGGUAGCAUGCAUGGGUGAAAAUCUGUAAAUAUUUAGUGGUGUUUGAUGGUGAGUUUUGUUUGUUUGUGCAUUUUACUUUGAGAAAGGGCAAUAGUAGAAUUGGUUGUUAAAGUUUUGAGUGUUUUGGUUUGUUUGUUUGUUUGCUUGUAAUGGAACAUUUGUGCUGUGGAGAUUGGUCUUAUUUCAUGUUUGAGUUUUUUCAUCUUUUACAUUGA